CUUAGAAAUGAUACGAUAUAUUGUGAUUUUUGUGUGCUUGGUUGGCUCAAAUCGAGGAGAUUUGUGGGAUGAUUAUUGCGAAUCAUGUGAUGAUUAUGAUUUAUUUGGAUUUUGCGACUGGUUCUGCGAAGAUGAUGACUCAGAGGAAACUAAGCCUACAACACCUUGUCCUACUUUACCUCCAAGUACUUCUGAAAAAACAACUGAAAGUAACGAAAAACCCACAACGGCUGCAACAACUAAAGCUGAUGAAGCUACAACACCAAGUGGUGGUGUUACAACACCAGCUGGUGGUGAUGCAGCUACAACCCCUACCGAAGCUACAACAGUACAAGGGUGAUGAUUUCAGGAAACAUCGAAUUGAAAAAUAUUAUUAAUAAAAUGUGUAUUUUUUGUAA